CGCUCCCGCAGCCCGGCCUGCGGCGGCCGCCCCGCUCCCAGCCGCUCCCAUCCCAUCCCAUCCGCUCCGCGCAGCCGGCCGGGAGGGCGGGCGGACGGAGCCCCGGCCGCGCACCGGCGGUCACGGCGCUCGGGAACGGCCGCUCCCGCGGCAGCAGCGCGCCCGGAGCGGAGCGGGGCUCGGCUGGCGGCGGGGAUGCGCGGGAGCGGCGGGCAGCCCUGCCCUGCCCUGAGCCAGCACCGGUAGCAUCCAGUGCUUUGCUGCUGCAGUGCACAAUAGCUCUUCCCAAAUAAAUGGGAUAACUCCUGUACUUACAGAUAAAUUGUGCUUAAAAGCUGCAAUGCAUCAAGACCUUUAAAAUGUGUUAAGGCCCAGAGAUCUCAGGCCCACUGAGAGCUGGGUGCCUGGUGGUGUGACCUGGAGCAAUCUGGUGGUGUGAGCAGGAGGGACCCCUCGCAGAGUGCUGGCAUUCCUUAAAAAUCCAGCAACUGGGAAAUGACGAGUGUGAGGAACAGACUGCAGAACUGGACAUUCGGCGUCUGUGCAGGACUUUGAAUGCAAAAGUCACCACAAUGAUGCCAAGCUCUUAUACUAUGCUUUUUACUUAUAGCCAUGUAAGAACCUAAACAAAGAGACAUAAAUUAUUGACCAGAGAAUGGCCCACCGAAGCCCAAUCUUCCCAACUCUUGCCCCUUCUGAAAGACGGGUCCGAAACAUCCCUCUGCACAGCCAGGCACUGACAGCGGUCCCACUGGCAUCCGCCAGCCUGGUGGAUCAGCUGGAGGACAGAAUCCUGAGCCAUGAGAAAACAACAGCAGCUCUUGUGGAACACGCUUUUCGCAUUAAGGAGGACAUUGUUUCCACGCUGCACAGAAUGCAGAACAAAGGGGGGGGUGACCGGUUGGCAAGGCAACUCCUGGAGGAACACAUCCGAAACAUAACAGCCAUAGUGAGGCAGCUCAAUCGGGACAUCGAGAUGCUGCAGGAACAGAUACGUGUCAGAGACAAUCUCAGCUAUGGAACAAAUUCUACCCUGAAGAGUCUUGAAAUGCGGCAGCUUUCUGGCCUGGGAGAUCUUCGGGGAAGAGUUGCAAGGUGUGAUGCUGGGUUAGCCAGGCUGUCUGCAGAGCAUAAAAUUACGUAUGAAAGACUUCAGAGUCUAAGUAAAGACCAACACACCUCCAAGCUGAUCUUAGAAUCCAAAAUCAAAGAGGCAGAAAUACAGAUUUCUCAUCUGCUGAGCAGAGUAGAGCAAUCGAUAAUGCAACAAGAAGCAAAGCUGAAGAUUGCCUACAAAGAGAGCAACCAACAGCUGCAAGUCCUGGACACAAAAUUAAAAGAUGCUGUUGAGGAGCUCAGCAAUCAGAUUUUGUCUGCACGGAGCUGGUUGGAACAGGAACAUGGAAGGACUGAAAAAGAGCUCGUACAAAAAAUUGACCAGCUCUCCCUGACUUUUAAGGAAAGCACUGAAAUGAGUGAGAGAGGUAUUGAGAUGAAAUUCAACCAAAUGGCAGAGAAAAUUGAGAGAAUAGAAGAAAUGCAGAAGAUAACCAUGGAAGCACAUGAAGCAAAACAGACUGAAGAAAAGAUAAAUAUUCGCAUUAUCAAACUUCAAAAUGAGAUAAAUGAAGAUAUAAAAGAAAUGAAAGCUGAAGUUAACGCUGGGUUUGCAGCUAUCUAUGAGAGCAUUGGGUCUCUACGACAAGUUCUAGAAGCCAAAAUGAAGCUGGACAGAGAUGAACUACAGAAGCAGAUCCACCAAAUGAAGCAGGAGGUUCCAAGGUGGGGAGAGGCUGGACCAUGACUGCAAGAUUUUGUCUGAGAGAUUAGUGUUUACCUGGCUACUAGGCAGACUCUAGUGUUGUUCCAAUCUGUAAUGCCAAUUACCUGCAUGUACCAAAUGACAUGCUGCUGCUGCUGCUGCUGCUGCUGCUGCUGCUGCUGCUGCUGCUGCUGCUGCUGCUGCUGCUGCUGCUGCUGCUGCUGCUGCACAGGUAAAUUUACUUACUGCUCACAGCAGGAAAUGCAAGCUGUUCAUGGAUAACUGGCAAUGAGCCUUCUGAGCUGAGGUGCUGCUUUGCCACUGCACUACUCCUGUUGCUGUCAGGAAAUUUAGCACUGUGUAAAACUGGAGUAAUGCAUUGGUAAAGUUGGCACCUAGUUUGCUAAAGGCAUUCCAGUUUUGCAGUCUUGAUCAGGCAGCUAUAUGCUUUUAUAUGCACCUGCACCCCUCCACCUUCAAAAACAAAAAGGCAAGUUGCUGUCAUUUGCUUCAUAUGAAUUUGGCAAGGAUCUCCACCUUGAUACAAAUUACUUAGUUGAAAUCAGUGAACAUUUUUACAGUGACUUUCUCUCUUGGGAAGACAGAAUUGGCACUAAACAGACCAAUCUUCAAAAUCUAGACACCAUCAGAAAAUCUUUGUUUAGGUUUGCAAAUAUCCUGUGUGUGAAAACUAGGUAGUGUUACUAAUGUAGUUGUAACUAAUAUGGUUCAUAAACAACAUAAGAAACUUAACUUAUAUGGUCUUAAGUAUUGUAACCUUCUAAAAUUAAUAGCCAAGAGGAGUUGACACAAGGGAAAAGAUGUAUAUAGAGUAUUUUUACUGGGCAUAUGUUCCUGUGAUUUGCUUCAUUAUAUUGAUAAAAAACUUAGAAAGGUUUGAAAACUAAAGAGAAGGUGAUGAUUUAACCUAGUCUGGAGAUUGUUAUGUAAAAUAAAAUGCAGUUUAUGAUUUCCUUAGAAAUUUUCAUUGAAGUACAAAAAAUUAUACAUCAUAUUUAAGUAAUCUUUAAUAGUUUAGCAGACUCAAAUUGUUAAUUGCAUUCACAUUAUUGCCAGAUAAUAAUUUCCGUUCCCAGAAGAGAUUGCAUAAUGAAAAUCAGCACCCAUGUGGCAUAUUAUCUAGAUAGGAAAAAAAUAUAUGUUGUUUUUACUUCUUCAUUCAUAGCAUGAUAUAUUGCUUCUCAUGUUUGUAAGUCAUGCAGGAUUAAACCCUCAUGAAAAAUAAGACUUUAUCCAGCAUCCUAUUAAUUUAUACUAUUAAUAGUUAUUAAUAUACAAAAACAAUAUUAAUUCACAGAAUUUACAGUACUGUUAACCUAAAUAAAUUAAUGUAGGAGGUCUCUACACUGCCCUUAAUGAACUUUUCAUUCAGAUAGUAUUGGAAAAACAUAUUUUGAUUUAGAAAAUUAGUGGCAAAUAUCACUUCCAUAAAAGACAUUUUGGUCCACAGAGUCACCAUAUAUAAAACAAACAAAGAAUUAAAAAACUGCUUCAAGAACUUAGUCAUUAACUUCAGUAAGUCAGUGUAGAGUAAAAAUCAAGUAAAUGCAUACAUUUUUACAGGAUUAACACCCAAGUUUAUAUUCACUUCCUCUAUAGUUGAAAGUCAUUGAAGUCUCAAAGACAAAUUAAGCAUUUGCAGCUUUGCCUUCCAGUGCUCUCUGACACAAACCAGGAAUACCAGAGGCAGUUUUGUUAUCAUCCAUGCCCUGUGAAACAUAUUUACAAUGGCACCUGAGGGGAAAGCCCAGUUCCCUAAAGAGAGAUAAUUAAAUGCUUGUAGAUAUUUCUCAGGAAUUGUCUCCAAAAAUUCAAUCUUACUUCAUGUAUGUAUUCUUAUAUAUCCUUAAAUAUUUAGCCACGUGCAGUAGAAAUGCUAUCACUGGUGUUUUAUUAAAAAAAACCCCAAACAAUAACAGAGAGAGAAAUGGAAAGUGACAGACCAAAACCAGAAUAAUUUUUAAAUUUUGUAAUUGGAAGUCUGUACCUGAGAAAAUCUGGUAUGAUAUGAAGAGCAUACAAGGAAUCAGAAACAAUUUAUAUAGGACUUUAAUAAACUGUUUCUCUUGUAAAAAUCUUGUAUGAUAGAUCCAGAUAUAAAACAACACAUGAAACCAAAUCCAAUUUUAGCUUUUCUGUCUUAAAAAUAUUUUUUUCCUAAAUCUCAGCCAAAGCAAAUAAGUAAAAGCCCAAAUAAAAUAAUAUCAACCUACUGCCAAGCAGUGUCUUCAAACCCUAAAGUGCCAAGUGGAGGGAGGCCCAGGGUCAACCAUGUGUUGUGGCCAUUGGCUGCCAGGGAGUGCUCAUGUGCUGAGUGGGUCCUUCUAGGGAGAGUUUAGAGUUGCUUCUGAGGAUCCUCCAAUCAUCUUAACAUGUAAGGGCAAAAUCCUCUCCUCAGACCCAGCAUCCCCUCAGGGGAACAGCUGUGAAGCCACAGGACAGUGCUGCAGACACUGAUCUGUGGAAGCUUCAUUUUGCCAAACAGAAACCCAUUCUGCCCCACAGAGAUCCUGUAAAGCCGAAUAGAAGGAAAGCAGCAGUGCUUGAAACCAGAGCUGCCCCUAUUUUUUCCUUCUAAGCUGGUGUCCAAUGGGAUUUCUGUGUUCCAGUCCUUCAGGGACACCAGGGUCCACUUUUGAUGGUGGAAUAAUGUGCUUUCUUUGCUCAGCACAAGUACUCAUGCUAUGAAUCUCAGGUUUCUGCACCAAGUUCAAGCCUGCCAAGGCCACAAAAGGAACGAGGUAGUGAGGUAGUGUUUGUGUGGAUGGCACUUGAGCAACAGAAUGAGACUUGGGAAAGUAUAAUACUAAAUGUGCACAAAGUACUAUUUAAAUCACAAAGUUCACUGACACAACCAUAAACUCCCUGAAGGAAGGACUCGGAGGAGCCUUAGGAAGUCAUCUGCUCCACCUUGAAAUAGAUCCAACUCUACCUAAAAUAUUUGUCAUAGGCACUUCUGUAACUUGCUUAUAACAGUCUUUUAAGAAUAAAACAUUGAUAAAUGCAGUUUGUUCCACUGCUUAAAGAAGAUUGCCUUGCCACCCAAACACCUAAACUAGGACAAGACAUAAUAGCAGACCACUUAAAACUCCUGAAGUUUUAAAAUCUUUCUUUUGUCAGCUAUUUUAUGUGCAUGAGGCUUAAAUCACUUGUGGUGUGCAGACCAUACUGUUCAGUCAGCUGUGUAGCACAUACUGAGUGUCAUAAGUUAAACCCAUUGGAAAAUGUUUAACUGGGGUUUUACAUGGGGUUUACAUGGCCUUUACAUUAGCAUGUGAUAACACAGUAGAACCAUGGUGCUGUGCAGUGAGGGACUUGGCUGGAAUCAGAAUUAUGUCAGUAAUUACAGAACAGUUGUGCUGUUAAUACUCAUUAAACAAACCAAAGGAAUGGUGCCAGGAAGAAGUUUAAAGGAUGACCCUAACUCCCACAUGCAGUUGUUUACAUAGUAAGUUUUGUGUUGUGGAUACUCUAUAUUGUGGAUAUCUUUGUCAUUACAAUCUGAUAUAGUUCAAUAGACAGUUGCCAUGUUAGAGAAAAGCAGUGUGAAUGAUAAUGAAGAGCAUUGUAUUCCUAUAACAUCAAUUUAAACUGGAAGUCAAAACUUCCUUUUCUUAAUUUCUGUUUUGUGUUCCACCUCCACGAGCAUCUGGCCAUCUGGGGCAGAACGCUCUCUGUAUGUAAGAAUUAAAGUGCUCAUUAGACAUGUUUUCCAAUAAUGAAAACGUCUAAUAAGACACGGAUUACAAUCGGAUGAAACCCUCCUAUGUGUAGGGGAGGAAUUCCUCCUGUGACACUCCCCACGGUGUAAGAAAUUCGGAGGCAAAUUUGGAAGAAACCAAGGAAAUCGGGCUGGCGGCCUCUCCUCAAUUUGCCACAGGGUGUCACUGUUACUCUUGGCAAGGGAAGGACGGGUCUCACUGUACCUGUGUGAUCCACAGAUGCUGCAAUCCCACUGCGACGGGGCUGAAAGUAUUUACCAUGUACUUUGACAAAAG